GCGGCUCUGAGUCAGCUGACCAGGGUCCGCGUAGGAGGAAUCUGAAAUCCGGCCGGCCGGACGGAGCCAGCUAAGGGACUGGCUGGGCGGCCGACGGACGGACAGGCUGGGGCGGCCUCGGCGGCGUUAGCUGAGCAGGGGCAGGAUUUCCUUGGGGAGAAUCUUCACUCAGAGCUUGCUGACAGCCAAGGAUGGCAAGCAAAGGGCCCUCGGCCUCUGCAUCUCCUGAGAACUCUAGUGCAGGGGGGCCCAACGGCAGCAGCAAUGGCGCUGGUGAGAGCGGAGGGCAGGACAGCACCUUCGAGUGCAACAUCUGCCUGGACACAGCCAAGGAUGCCGUCAUCAGCCUGUGUGGCCACCUCUUCUGUUGGCCGUGUUUACAUCAGUGGUUGGAGACGAGACCUAACAGACAGGUGUGUCCAGUUUGCAAAGCUGGCAUCAGCCGCGACAAGGUGAUCCCCCUCUAUGGCAGGGGCAGCACUGGGCAGCAGGACCCCAGAGAGAAGACUCCUCCCCGUCCUCAAGGACAGAGGCCAGAACCGGAGAACAGAGGGGAACAUAAACCUACCAAAUGUGAGGACUUGUGGGAUUGUACAGGUGUUGCUGGAAGGGAGGCCGGAGGGCCAGUCCUCGGAUUUGCACUGAAUGAAGUGGUGGUUCCUGAUGAAACAGUUGCACCUUCCUGGGGAUUUCAAGGGUUUGGAUUUGGAGAUGGUGGCUUCCAGAUGUCUUUUGGAAUUGGGGCAUUUCCCUUUGGCAUAUUUGCCACAGCAUUUAACAUAAACGAUGGGCGGCCUCCUCCAGCUGUCCCCGGAACGCCCCAGUACGUGGACGAGCAGUUCCUGUCACGCCUGUUCCUGUUUGUGGCCCUGGUGAUCAUGUUCUGGCUAUUGAUUGCCUAAUGCUGGGCUCCCGGCCUACAUCCAUGCAGGGCCUCUGGACCGGUGACAUGCCACCCCCACUCUUGAUGUUUGGCUUCCUGGCUAAUCCUGACCUCUGGAAUCAGUGGGGUCGGUGACACAUCAAGGAGUUUUGCUUCUCCAUCAGAGCUUUGGGACUCAAGACCAGUCGUUGAGGACCCUGGAGUGUGGCCACUGCUGUAAACACCUCAGGCCUUGGCAUUGAGUCAUCUCUCGUGGGUUACACCGUGAAAUCCUGUUCCACCCAGCUCAGCAGGUCCUGACUCUGCACAGGGAAGAGGCAGGAGAAGAGGAAUUGUCAGUAAAAUUUCACCUGAAUUUAAUAUUAUAAAAACAAAGGGACGAACCAAAUAUGGAAACUUUUUUUCAUCUCUUUAAAUAUCCCUUGGUAAGUGGCCUCUGAAGUCAGUGGGACUCCUCAUACAGAGAGGUUCCCCUUCCAGAUCGCAGUGCUAUUCUGUCCUAUUUCCUCUUCAGCAGAGAUGCAAGAAAUUGCUGUCCUAUUAAGAUCAUAAUUGCAGCAGCUGGAGCUGGAGUCGAUUCAUGAAUUCACCAGGGACCCAAAGAUCUAUUGCCUCUGGGCUGUGCUCAGUGUCUUUGGCUCCAGAGUGGCUUGAAUGACCUCCUGGUUUCCUGGCGUAGAUUAUCCCCAGAGACAUGUGGUUUCCCAUCAGUUUUCCCCCAAAACUAUGCAAAUCUGCCUCCCUGCCAGAGGGCACCCAGCCUAGAUUACUGUUGAAGCCAGGACGGACUGCUGUUAGGAAAGACCUGCAGUCAGGGCUCAGGUGGGAUUCGGAGCUCAGAUGCAGGAACGACUGAACAAGCAGCCUUGUCCCUAAGGCCGCAGAAGCUCCAGGUGCAUCCUUUCCCAGACCCCACAAAGGAAACUGGGAACCUUGUUGAGUCAUCCCAGCUGCAUGUUGAAGACCACCCUCCUCAGAAGCCAAAUUGUCCUUAAAGAAGAGGCAGGGAAAGGGGAGACCCAGCAUGUGACUCUGAUCUUGGUAUGGUUUGAAGACCUCUUGUGUGUGUGCUAAAACCAGGGAAGCACUCUACUCCAGAGCAGGCAACCCCUGGUGGUUUGUAAAGCCGGGCGCAGAGCCCAGGGAGCCUCAGCACAAAGAUAGGAUGUGGUCUGCCUGUGGAAGUCUUCCCCUGGAAACUUGCAGGGAAGUCAUUCUUCCCAAGCCCUUGAUUUGUUUUUCAACUUCACAAGCUUCUUCAUCCGAAUUUGACUGAGGGAGUGUGUUGCCAGCAGGAGAACAGUUUACCUGGUGGAAUGGUUCUCGCUCUGCCAGUCUGGCAUCUUCCUAGAAAUCCAGGCUCUUCCAGGAGACCCUUAGGGUAGGGGGAGAUGGACUUACUCUGAGGGCCUGUCUGUCACUUCACCAGUCCACACUGCUCCUGAGUUUACCCCCAGCAAUAGCCAACAAGUGGUUGAAAGCCCCACCUAGUGUUUGUUCCAGAUAUGGCUCUGCAUAGCAUGUGGAAACCAAGACCUUGAGGAAGAUGAGGGAAGCCCUUCUCCUCUCUCCACUGCACCCCCCCACUUCCCCUCGUACCUUUCAGUGCCAGAGUUCAGUGUUUAAACAGACAAAAUGUAAGUAUUGAAUAGGUGGUUCAUUUACCGAAUCCAUUUGGUAGGAAUAAGCCACCCGCUUUAUGGUGUGCCUGAUGGAUUUUAAAGAUUCUCUGGGCACCCACUCAAGAGUGCUCAUUUUAUCACCUUCUGGAAAUCCCAGGUCUAACGGGCCCUGGUUUCUCAGUGCAAUGUUCCCACCUAGCGAUGGGAGAGAGGACUUCAGUCAGAUGGACCAAACAGAAAUGGGUUUCCAGAAGAAAGGUUAAAAAAAGAAGGGUUGUAGGUAGGAAGACAAAUAACUUUGACCCUUUAACGAAGGGGAGUGAGCCCAGGAGAGCUCCACCAGCAAAGGCAUCCCAGGAACCUGUUAGCAAAGCUAGCUUGGCCAUGUGCCCUUUGAUUUUGAACCUUGCAGGUCCCCACUCAUGCUCUGCCAGGAGCUGGGGCAGGAGAGCCAACUUGGGACUGCUGGCCCAGCCCCGACAGGGAGGCCUCUUCCCAAUGCCCCCGCAGGCUCACCACCUCACCCCCCUGCCGAGGCGUUUUUCCUUUCUUUGUGUGUGUUUUCUAUGUUCUUGGCCCCCAACCCCUCCUGCCACCUUUGUGGAUUAGGACCAGGUCCCAACCACAGUCAGAAAAUGAUACCGUGUACACCUUGACCAGUCACUAAUUUUCACUGUUGUAAAAGUGAUUUGAUUUAGAAUUAAACAAAUGGUUUUACAUAA